AUGUCUCUUUUACAUUUAAAAACAAUAAAAGAAGAAAGGCAUUCAUAUGAAAAUAUAGAUUUAAACCAGAAUCUUUUGGAUUAGGCUGAAAAUAGGGAGUAUGAACCUGAUGAGAACGAAUAAUUUCUCCCAGAAGAAUAAAAGGAAUUGAGUGAUGAGGAUGUAUAGGAUUAAUAACAGAAACAUGAAAAUGUGAAGAGUUUUGUUGUUGGCACUGGAAUGGAUGGAUUUCUACUUGAAGAAACAUUUGGAUUUGACGAUAAGAAAUAGAAGAAUAAUAAGCAAAUCAAGAGACUGACAUUGAAUACUCGACUUACAUAGAUAGUGGGUCUAAAUAAAUUGGCAGAUGAUGAAGAAGAUGAUCAAUAACUUUAUGAGAAAAUUCCUUAGUAUUUUGCUUGGGGCAUUAUUUUUUAUGCAUCAGUCAAUAAUGCCGUGAUUCCUCCAUGGAUUAUGACAAUACCGGCUGAAAAGUAUUUGCGUAUAGCAUGGAGAUUUUUAUUAUAAGGGAUAUUUCUCAUCCCCUUUAUCAUGUACGAGUACAGGAGUGGGAAUGAGAAAGUUAAGUCAGCAUACACCUCUGAAUUUCUGUUGAGAUGGACUCACAUGAGAAAAGUAUAUAUGGCAAGUUUGACUACAACUGUAACUUUUGCUGUAGUUCUGUUUUGUUUUGAUUAUACGAAUAUCUCAAGUGUUAGUGUCCUGGCAUCUCAGACUAAUUUCUGGUUGUCAGUCUUUAGAAAAAAAGAAAAUAACCACAAUUUCGAAGGAGGAGGCAAGAUCAUGUGUGUGGUAGGAUAUCUUCUAAUUUGUUUAGACUCAUAUAUGUUGAACACUGACACUAUUCCUGAAACAGCCAAGUAAUACAUCAAUCCUUUGUUGUACAACAGACCUAUCUGGAUGAGGAUCAUUAUUGGAAACACCAUACCAUUUUUUGCAUCUAUAAUUUUAGCUGAAUUAUCAAAAGCUAAUCAAGAUCUCAGAAAUUUAUUCCCACCUUUCUUAGCUAAUUUCUGCGUUGCUUUUUUUGUUUGUCUAAAUAUGUGCAUGGUCUCAUUUUUUAUGGAUGGAACAUCAAUUAAUUUUGAUUCAAGAUGGGGAUGGUUUGGAUUGUUUCAAAAUGGAAAAUUCAUGGGCUUUUUUUACAUGUCUACUAUAUUAAGCAUUGGAGUAUUCAUCUCUUCUAUUUUAAUCAGUAAGCUAUUUGAACCUAUUGUACCUGCCACUGCUGCCUUAUUUGAGCCAGUCAUUACAGCUAUCCUAUGUGAAAUCUUUCAUGUUCAAUAUUACCCAAAUGCUAUCGCUUGUUUUGGAUAUGUAUUUCUAUUGCCAGGCUAAUUUAUUAUUAUUGUUGGACAACACAUAUUGAAGAAGUAAUAAGAACAAGAACAAAAAUAGAAACUAGAAUAACAGUAGUAAAUUCAUGCUUCGAGAGCUCAAUGA